AGGAGAGCGCGUGUAAGUUCCUUACGAUAGAAUAAAAUAGAUUGUAUAUUUGUGAGCAUUAUACAUAAGUAGACAAGUGAUGUAGGUGGCCAGUCCAAUUACAUAAUUGAUGCAUACAUACAUUCAUCGGAUCAGCGCAAAUUCAGCCUUUCCGUUCCUCCCAAUUACGGUCGUCGGUACGACGAUUCGUACUCCUGCUAUAUACCUUCUUGCAUACCAAACUCGCAACGUAAUUAAUUAAACUGAAAAAUGAGAAACAAGUUGAAAUUUUAGUUGGAUAAUCCAAUGAAAACCAUUAUAUCUUUGAGACCGUUUCAUAAAUUGGCUCCACUACCACCGCCGUCGCUACUGCAUUAGUAUUGUUGUGAAUGGGAUUAGUGUUGGAAGUGUGUUAUCAGCCCGUGAAAUUAAUCUUAAUUCCUGAAGCCGCGCGUUCUUUCCCAUCCCGUCCACACGCUCAACUCGCCUCAAUUCAGUUUGAUUUACUUUUUCGCGCACGACUUAAGUUGUUGUCCUUACGGAGUUUUAUUGAAAUGUUUGGUCGAUAUCCUGGCGCGAUUCUCUUAGUGUUCUCACUGCUCACGGUGAGAGCCUACUUUUACGAAGAUGACGAAAAGCAGCAGCCCAGCUACCUCACGGCGGCCGUCGGCGAUUUCACCAUCAUGAACUGCGAUCUGGACUUCCCUCAGACCAUCCCCAUACCGUACAUACUCAACUGGAACAGAGAGGGCAAAACUGUGUUCUCUUGGAACAACGGAAGAUUAACAGCAACAGAUCCGUACGUCGGAAGAAUUCAUUUGCUGGAAGAGCAACAUGCCAUUAGAUACGGAGGAGCAUCCAUAAAUUUAACAUCAAUUCGGGAAUCAGAUGCUGGAUGGUUCGAGUGUAAAGUGAUCUUCCCAAAUCGAACGCCCAAUUCCCGCAACAAUGGGACCUGGUUCUACCUUACAGUUAAUGGAGGUAACUUGUUGGCCGUGCCACCAAUCAACCAAACCACGAUGGAACAUGAGGAAGCACACUUUUCGUGUGUCACAAAGGACAAAGACACAAUUGUUACUUGGUACAAAGAUGGGAUUCCUCUAAACGAAUUACCGGAUAUCUUACAGAGAUCAUGGAUUUCUUCCGAAGGUUCUUUAACAAUUCGACCUGCCGCAAUGGGCGAUCUGGGCGAGUACGAAUGCGAAGCAGUAACACCGGACGGCGAAAAGCAAUCUGCGAAAGCCUAUCUCAACGUACAAUACAAAGCAAAAGUCAUCUACGCUCCUCGGGAAAUACAUUUGCCUUACGGAAGAUCGGCAAUACUCGAUUGCCAUUUUCGCGCUAAUCCACCGCUAACAAAUUUGCGCUGGGAAAAAGACGGUUUUCUUUUCGAUCCUUACAACGUUCAAGGGGUUUUCUACCGACGAAAUGGAAGCUUGUAUUUUAGCAAAGUGGAUGAAUCGCACACCGGACAUUACAGUUGCACUCCUUACAACGAUUUGGGCACGGAAGGACCGUCGCCUUCGAUUCACGUGAUAGUCCAAAGACCUCCAGUUUUCGUGGUCACCCCUAAUCCACUGUAUUUAAGAAAGUUAGGCGAGACCUUGGAAAUGCCCUGCGACGCUAGAGAUGGCGAAAACGAACAUAAACCCAUAAUUGUUUGGUACAAAGACGGUUCCUCUUUGCCAGUAGGAAGAUAUUCAAUCAGAGACGGUAAUUUAACAAUAAUAAAUAUUCAGGAGGACGAUCGUGGGAUGUAUCAAUGUUCAGCUACAAACGAAGCGGCUACGAUUAGCACGGAAACUCAGUUGAUCGUCGAAAAUGUUCCACCAAGAGCUCCAUACAAUUUAACAGCGGAUUCGUCAUUAACUAGUGUUCACUUGAAAUGGGAAGCGGGUCGGAAAGUCCCCAACAUCGAGUACAACAUUUGGUACAGACCGGUCGAAACACCUGAAUGGAAAACCAUAAAAGUUUCUGGUAAAAAAGCACUGGAAACGACAAUUUCCAACUUAAAUUCAGGAAGGGAAUACGAAUUUAUGGUAUUAAGCAAGGACCAACACGGGGAUGGAUUAUUCAGUAAAACUAUACGCGUUUGGACUAAAGGAUACAACGCUGAAUAUUCUUCUGCGGGAUCAACUAAUCCUCAUUCUAUUGGUAGUCCGAAAGAUGUUCAAGUUAAGAGUACCGCGGAUGGCUUUCUGGUUGUUUGGAAUCCUCCAGAAUACGGUUUGGAAGAGCUUAGGGUUUACGUUGUUAGAUGGUACGAAGGUCCACGGCAAUAUCUCUGCGGUACAGCUGAAACUAAGAACACCUCGUAUCUCGUGUCUGAUUUGGAAGAAGGAAACGACUAUCAUUUCGAAGUUUUGGCUAUGGCAUUCGAUGAAUAUCAAGCGGCGAGCGACAAGUUCGCAAUUACCGUGCCAUCAUAUUCUCGCAUCAAGGCGAUUUCCAUUGGUUUGCUCGUGGUAUGCUUGGUUGUAGCAGCUCUCGGAGUUGCCGCUUUCUACUUGAAGAAAACAUAUUGGAAUAAGUUAUCUAGCAGCGAUUCCAAAAACUAAUUUGACUGAAAGAACAAACUUGGAUUAUAUUGUCUACAUUAUUAUAUUUUACUGUAUAGUCUAUGUUCCGUUUAUUUUUUAUGUGUUAUGAAA